AUGGUCAAGAACAACCUUCUGUGUGCAUUAGUCCUGUGCUGUACCAUCGUUGGUACACACUGCACAUUAAUUGAUAUAUCGAGUACUGCCCAAGGAGGUUUUGCGUUCGAAAUGAUCAUGACCAAAUUAAAGCUUCUAGAGGAGAAAAACAAUUCACACGAUGGCAAUGUGUACAAAUUUUGCGGUGAGGUUCCCUCCUCGGGCAUAUACACCAUUCAACCGGAAAAGCCGUUCAAGGAACCGAUGAGCGUAUUCUGUGAUCAGGAGUAUGAAUCGGGCGGAUGGACUGUGAUACAACAAAGGUUCAACGGAUGGACGAACUUCUAUCGCAACUGGCAAGAGUACAAGAAUGGGUUUGGAAAUUUGGACGGUGAGUUCUGGCUGGGCUUGGAUCAUAUUUAUCAUCUGACAGUGUCGGGUGCGCAUGAGUUGGUGGUGUUGCUGGAAGAUUUCGAAGGCAAUAAAACGUACGCCAAGUACGAUCAGUUCGAGAUUGGAGACGAGAGCCAAAAGUAUGCAGUCACGAAAGCAAGCGGAUAUACGGGAACGGCGGGUGAUUCUUUCAGUGGCACCAAGGGCAUGAAAUUUUCAACACUCGACGCGGAUAAUGAUACAUGGGAAAACCAAUGUGCAGUCACAUUUACCGGCGCCUGGUGGUACAGCAAUUGCCAUUCGAGCAAUCUCAAUGGAAAAUAUCUUCGAGGGGAAACGAAAGAAUAUGCAACUGGCAUGGUAUGGACCACCUUUCGGGGGCAUCAUUACGCACUUAAAACAUCAAAAAUGAUGAUAAGACCAAAGAAGGUUUAA